CUGUCACCAACCCGUGCUUUGCUCUCGAUAAAGCAUGCUGUUUCAGUCAAUCAGAAACUUUAUCAUAAAGAAUUUAUUUAGGUGAUCUACGUUUUGCAGUGUCAAAUUUCCGCAAUGAGCUUGUGGCCUACACUUUCCUUCACCAAUAUUCAUGCCAUUCAGCGCAAAGGACGUGAAUGAAAUUUCUGCAAUGCUUAAAAAGUGGGCACUGAAAAUGAAAAAAAUAUGGACGAAGACAAGUUUUGACAAUUUUUUAGGUUAUUCGGAAAUGUGGACCCAGUAAGUUAUCUAUUUACUUUAGAAACAAUGCUAGUUAUGAAAUUCAGACUCCUUCUCUGAGUGUGCAUACACGUGCACUGUAAGCAAUUUAACACAGACAAAAGUGAAGUUACUACAUGGCUCAGCAUGGAACACUAUUGACAAUUAUUUGGUUCUUCUUUCAGGAAGUAAAAGCUCUACAAAACGAAGUUAGUAUUUUACAGAAAGAUAAACAUGAGAGAAUCGUCUCAUACUAUGAAAGUGAGCAGCAUGGCCCUUAUCUUGAUUUGCUUAUGGAGUUCAUGACUGGGGGAUCAUUGUCUGAUCUCAUAAAAAAGAGCGGAUAUCUUAGGGAAAAGGAAUCAAGUUGGUACACAAAGCAAAUGUUAGAAGGAGUGACCUUUUUGCAUUUCCGGAAUAUAAUACACGGAUACAUAAAGGGAUCAAAUGUUCUUUUAGACGGCAACGGGAAUGUGAAAUUAGCUGACUUUGGGUUAUCAAAAAUAAUUCAGGUAAAUAUAGUGAAUUGUAUGCAGUAAUUAGACCCCUGUACUGUAUUAGCCUUCGUCGGUCCAAACUUUACAAUGGGUAAUGUAUAUGGAGCCUGAAGUUUUUUGUUCUGUUUUUCUGCUUGCUGUUUUCGUUUUGACCGCGCACAA